AUGAAACAAGGCAUAAGGCAAGGCUGCCCUCUAUCAGCACUUCUCUUCAUACUCGUUGCCGAGAUACUCGCAACGAAAAUAAGAACAACUGAAACGAUUAAGGGUAUUGAUAUCCCUUUUGGUAAAGACAAUGAUGAAAGUGUUAAAAUAGCACAGUUAGCAGAUGACACGGUAUUAUUUCUGAAAAACACAGAAAGUAUCACCAAAAGCAUUGAGGUGAUUGAACAAUUUGGUAAAAGGUCUGGUUUAGAAUUAAAUAAAGGGAAAACAAAUGCAUUGUGGUUAGGCAGAUUAAAAGACUGUAAAAGUAAGCCAGGUAAUUUAUCGUGGACAACAAGACCGAUUAAAAUUCUUGGUAUUCAUGUAGGUCAUGACAAGGACUUCUGUUACAAAAAGAAUUGGAAAGAAAAAGUUGAAUCACUGAAAAAGGAAAUUAUGCUUUAUUCAAAAAUCACGAUAGGCCUAUUCAUACUUAUGAUCUCGGUCGUUUACAUUCUGGCUCAGUCUGAUAAACAGUGGUCUCCUUGGACAAACUGGUAUUCUUGUAGCGAGAGUUGCCGAGAAUUCCGUUAUAGAACAUGUAAACAGGUAUCCUUUGCUGUUCCAGAAGGCUGCGUUGGAGAAAACAUAGAAAUUAUUCAUAAUUGUCCGUAUACGGUAAAAACAUUGGAAGAGUUCCAGAAUGGGAUACAGUUUGCCAGAAGUUCAUUUCUACCACUUUGUAUGAACGUAACUUCCAACGAAAAGUUGGAUAUCAACUAUUGCUACGAGUCUUAUGGAUCUGUUCAAGUAAAUGGCUAUUUUAGAGAUUUUUUCGUACACGAAACUACUCCAGUCACUUAUUCUUUUGAAUUUAUGGAUGUAGAUGCAGGUUGCACUGUUUCUCUAGUGUGGGAUUUUGUAUAUGAAGAAUGGAUAAACCAAGUCAAAACCCAUGUCAACGGUAGCAGUAGGUACGGAAAUUAUUUCCAAGCAAGCAAAUUCUUUACGAUUUCGCAGUAUCUUCGGUCUUUAUACCCCCAGGCGAACUUGCACUUUCCGCCCUCUACAGUAAAACCUGAGGUAACACUGCUGGACGAUUCAUGUUCUCAAGCUGAAAUAUCGAACACACCAAUAUGUGCUUAUAUCGAUGAAACACACUCUAUCUCAACAGUUGGCUGUGAGACAGUAGCCCAAAACUUUACCUAUGAAGGAGUUUAUUGCAAAUGUCCGCUUGCUGACGCGUAUGUUGUUAUAUUAGAGGCACUACCGGCCCUUAAACUUCCUACUGGCGAAAAAAUUGUGGCUGUAACUGGAAGUGGAGUGAACAUGGCCUCUAUUAUAACAUUUUUUGCACAUAAGAUCUGGAAUGGGUUAGAAGUCAGCACUGAAGGAUCUGAUAUUUUCAACAAUAUACUCUCAUCAAUUCUUCUGGCUAACGGGGCGUUGUUAUUUGAUGAAAGUGUUGAUUAUUUCCGCGAAAGCACGCAGCAGGAUAUUCUUGCACAAUCGCUGGCAUAUAGUUUGAUAACUUUAAACGUGUGGAUGCUAUUUUGGGUUGUAGAUAAAUCAAUUAUAAAACAACCGGAAAACACAAAUUACAGCUUGGGAUCAUUUUAUCAGAUAUUUGGCUGGACUGUACCAUUAAUAUAUGUCUUUCUGUGCAGUUGUUAUGUGGAAAAUUACGCCUCUUACAACUACAGACACUGGCCAAAUACCGAAAAUGGCGCUAUCUGGACUCUUUUUGGACCAAUGACUGGGUUGUUUUUGAUAUCUUUUUCCGUGUGUGUUUACAAGUUAAACAAAGUCGGUAACAUGACGGCCCGUGACAGUCAGGAGAGAAACCGUAUUCGUAGGCUUAUGUCAUCGAUUGUACUGUACUUGGUUGCACUGGUGUUUCUCUUUGGGAAGUGGUCUAUGGGAAUUUGGACUACUGACAUUCCGUUACUUCAGUUUAUCUUCUCGAUACUAGUGUGGGUACAGUUCAUCGUCACUGCUUCAAUUUACUAUGUGUACAACCGCUGCCUCAAAUCAAGCACCACCGAAAACGGAGACCGAAAUAAGAAUGAUGAUUGCCUUAAAGGUCAUGGAAAUCCUGAAUUGGAAAAAAAUCCCGAAGGUGCGACGUCAGCUUCUUCGAUGUAGUGCAAAACUUACCUUCAGUAAUAUAGUGUAGGCCUAUUUGUGAUUUAUGCUCUAUAUUUAGUUAAGGCCUCAAUAUAAUUGUAUCAGAAGAGGUAAAAGGCACACUGCAGUUUGAUUACAAGUGGAAUCUGCCGUUAAGCACGUAUUCCUGGCUAAUAAAUACCACUUUUUGAUUGGUCAAUUUUAAAGUUUUUUUUAACACUCCGGAAAAGGUCCAUUGCACAUUUUCUUACUAAAAUAUGUUUUCUUCUUUUAUAAGCACCUAUUUAAUCCCAGUCGCACCUAUACUUACAAACCAAGAAAUGAUUAGGCUCUAUCCAGAAGCUUUAGUAUGGUCAAAACUCAAGUUAAACUACUUUAAUGUGACCUCCAUUUAGUACAGGGACAUUCUGAAGGCUAUGAGAAUGUUCCCAUCACAAGACCGACUAAAGUAGGCAAUUAAUCACUUUAUGGACAUUCUCUAGAUUUUAGCAUAGACUAGAUAUAGUGGAUGAUGAUUAGUGAACAGUGAAUUUUCGGAUAGAGCUAGCAGGAGAAUAACAACGAGAUUAGACUAGGAGUUAAACGCCGGACUACAUCCUUUUUAUAUAUACAGUCUGACAUCAGUGAAACUUAAUGUUUAUCUUAAGUUAUCUCAUGUAGUAGUUUGAAUAAAAAGGAAACCGAGCGAUACUCAAUUAAA